GCUCAGAGAGAGCUUUUACUCUGUGCGCAUCCAUAUAAAAUCUACAGAGAGCUUUGAAGAGUUCCGCCCGCGGGCGCUGUUUUGAGCAUCGCUGGUCCAAAUGUACUAAAUAGAAGCGCACCAGUUCAGAACUAGAGAUUUUCCUUACAGGGUACAUAGCGAUAGAGUGAAAAUUUUUAUCGUGUGCUAGUAUAGUUUUAGCUGCAGUGCGCUUGGAUACUUACUUCUCCGUACAUAUAGUAAGAAAUAUGUAAGCAUAUCCAUGCUGUGUACCGGUAUCUGGAGAAAUCGAUUCAACUGUGACAGUUUGCCAGUGUUCGAUGAAUUUUCUUAAAAUAAGAAAUUUAAAUUUGAACCUACAAUUACGUAGGAUAUUAGAGCUACUAAUACACAUCGUCGGUGCAUAUGAAGAAAUACGAGCGAUUGUUUUAACGGUGAAAAAGGACGCGUAAAACAAAGAAGACAAAGAAAGACGCGUAAACAUAUACAUACAUACAAAAGUUCUUUUUUCGCUGACGGUUUUUUAAGCGUCGUCUUUUGUCGCGACUUUCUUCCCGAUCGAACUUUUGAGUUUGUAUCUUUCUUCGCAUGUACAGGCGAUAUGUAUAUGUGAUAGAGGAUAUUACGGAAAGAGCAACUGUUCUCAUUCCGAUAAGAGCUAUUUUCGACGAACAAAAUAUGCAUCAAAACGACUUGUGCACCAAGCCCUUGAUUGGCAUACUAUGUAUGGAUCGAAAGAAUACAAUGAGGGAGGACAUUUGUAGUUAUAUCGAUAACUCUUACGUAGAGUAUUUGGAGGCUGGAGGCGCUCAAGUUGCUCCCAUUUGGAUCAACAAAGGCCCAGAGUAUUAUAAUUAUAUGCUGAACAGGAUAAAUGGCAUUCUAUUACCUGGUGGCGCAGUUUUUGUCAACGAACAUGAUCCCGCCCGCUUAGAAUUGACUAACAAUUGUGUUCGGGCCGUGGAUAUGAUAAUACGCAUAGCAAAAGAAAAGUACAAGGAGGGUAUUCAUCUGCCUGUGUGGGGUACUUGUUUGGGAUUUCAACUUUUGAUACUCUAUACCACCAGUCUGGCAACAACAACAUAUGGCACGGAUCCACGUGAGAUAUGCAAAUACAUGGAAUGCCUUUUACCCGUGGACUUUUUGCCAGAUUUUCGGGAUUCAAAACUUUUUGCUCAUUUGUCACACGAACUGGAGACCAUCAUGCGGAAUGAACCAUUUGGUCAUCAUCGACAUAAAUAUUGCUGGACCAUUGAGUUAUGUAAAAGUUUCGCAGAUGGCUGGCAUGUAUUGGCGCAAAACUCAGAUGGCAAUGGCACAGAAUUCGCUUCGAUUGUGGAACACCGCAAGUACCCCUUUUUCGGGACACAAUUUCAUCCCGAAUCGGACUGCCCCGAGCAUUGUAUUAAAGUGAGAGAAUAUUUAGCAAAGUUCUUUGUAGACGAGUGCCGUCGUUGUAGUAAUCGAUUUGAAAACGCCGAAGAGGAAAGGCGACAUUUAAUACAAAAUUUUCCUGUCGAAUAUGAAGAAAACAAAAAUAUACGUGCGUUUGGCGGAUGCCCUGAUUACCCUGAGUAAAUGAAAUUUACGAAAUACUUGAAGUAAAAAAAGAAAAACAAUUUGUGAUAGUCGAAGGCUGUUUAUUAUAAUUUUCGAAUUCAUUGUGAAAACGCACUUCUGUGUAUAAUUUAUGUUAAUCUUAAUGAUAAUUAAAUUAAUGA